UUGCAUAGAGCUUUCAUCUCAACAGGAUUAGUGCCUGCUUGCAUACGGAAGUACACUGAUGGCAAUGGCAAUGGCCUCUUCUCUGUCGGUGCUGUUGCUCCUGUGCCUGGCGGCACCGUCCUCGGCGCAGCUUUCGCCUAGGUUCUACGCUAGGUCGUGCCCGAGGGCGCAGGCCAUCAUCAGGAGGGGUGUGGCGGCCGCCGUGAGGAGUGAGCGCCGCAUGGGAGCGUCGCUGCUCCGGCUGCAUUUCCACGACUGCUUUGUCCAAGGCUGCGACGCGUCCAUACUGCUGAGCGACACGGCCACCUUCACCGGCGAGCAGGGGGCAGGUCCGAACGCCGGCUCCAUUCGAGGCAUGAACGUCAUCGACAACAUCAAGGCGCAGGUCGAGGCCGUGUGCACGCAGACUGUCUCCUGCGCCGACAUCCUCGCCGUCGCGGCCCGAGACUCAGUCGUCGCCCUGGGAGGGCCUUCGUGGACCGUUCCUCUGGGGAGGAGGGACUCGACGACGGCGAGCUUGUCGCUGGCCAACAGCGACCUGCCGCCGCCGUCCUUCGACGUGGCCAACCUCACUGCCAACUUUGCCGCCAAGGGGCUCAGCGUGACGGACAUGGUCGCCCUCUCUGGCGCGCACACCAUCGGGCAGGCGCAGUGCCAGAACUUCCGGGACAGGCUCUACAACGAGACCAACAUCGAUACGGCCUUCGCAACAUCUCUCAGGGCCAACUGCCCACGGCCGACCGGGUCCGGCGACAGCAGCCUGGCACCGCUGGACACGACGACGCCCAACGCGUUCGACAACGCAUACUACCGCAACCUGAUGUCACAGAAGGGGCUCCUGCACUCCGACCAGGUUCUGAUCAACGACGGACGCACCGCGGGACUUGUCCGGACAUACUCGUCGGCGUCGGCGCAGUUCAACAGGGACUUCAGGGCGGCCAUGGUGAGCAUGGGGAACAUCAGCCCGCUCACCGGGACGCAGGGGCAGGUCAGGCUCAGCUGCUCCAGGGUGAACCAAGAAGCCAUGGCCCAUUCGUCUCUAUCAACCGUGUUGCUCUUGUGCCUGGCCAUGGCGGCGUCGGCGCAGUUGUCGCCGACGUUCUACCAAACGUCGUGCCCGAACGCUCUGUCCACUAUCAAGGCCGCCGUGACGGCUGCCGUCAACAAGGAGAACCGCAUGGGCGCGUCGCUGCUCCGGCUGCACUUCCACGACUGCUUCGUCCAAGGUUGUGACGCGUCUGUUCUGCUGUCUGGCAUGGAACAAAACGCUUUCCCGAACGUGAUGUCGCUGCGAGGCUUCGAAGUCAUCGACAACAUCAAGGCAAAGCUCGAGACCAUGUGCAAGCAGACCGUCUCCUGCGCCGACAUCCUCACCGUCGCUGCCCGCGACUCUGUCGUCGCCUUAGGAGGGCCUUCGUGGACGGUUCCUCUUGGAAGGAGGGACUCCACCAAUGCAAACGAAGCCGCGGCAAACUCCGACCUACCUCCCCCAUUCUUCGACCUCGUUAACCUCACCCAAUCCUUCGGCGACAAAGGCUUCACCGUGACCGACAUGGUCGCCCUCUCGGGCGCCCACACCAUCGGGCAGGCUCAGUGCCAGAACUUCAGGGACAGACUCUACAACGAGACCAACAUCAACUCCGGCUUCGCGACGUCGCUCAAGGCCAACUGCCCCCAGCCGACUGGCUCCGGCGACCGCAACCUGGCCAAUCUGGACGUGUCGACCCCGUACUCCUUCGACAACGCCUACUACAGCAACCUCAAGUCCCAGAAGGGUCUCCUGCACUCCGACCAGGUGCUCUUCACCGGCACCGGCGGCGGCACCGACAACACGGUCAACAACUUCGCAAGCAACCCAGCGGCGUUCAGCAGCGCCUUCGCCUCAGCCAUGGUGAAGAUGGGGAACCUCAGCCCAUUGACUGGCUCUCAGGGGCAGGUCAGGCUCAGCUGCUCAAAGGUGAAUUAAUUGCUAAAAAAUGGUCAUAUAUGUGAGAUUAAUAAGGCUAGCAAUGGCCAUUAUACAACAUCCAAAGUGUACUUGGGCGCCCUUUCUUGGACCAUAAGCUUAUGAAAACAGGAGAUGUGUCAUACAUGUAUGUCAAGGGCCUCGUGCAAAGGCAUGAAGGUUUCCCUUGCGUCAGUUACUUGUUGACUUCUAUACUAUAUGAAUUAUUGCUGCUUCA